AACAUUUUCACGAUCUCCAAACAGCCCCUUCUCCCCGAACGAUAGCGCUGACGUUUAGCGCCACUCAAUAAAUUGAACCCCGACCGUCCCCCGACUACACUUCGUUCUCAAAACGCGAAAAACCAAAAAAACACGUAAUAACCCCAAUGGUCUCAGAUUUAUCCACUCACCAACGAUCCUCGAUCUUUCAACAACCGCUGGAUCCGGAAUUCGCAGCAGAGUUUGGCGCUUUGACUGAUUGCUGAUCCUCAGUUUACUUCCAAUUGUUGAUGAGAAAAUUCAGAAAAAUAAACGAAGCACAGAAUUCGAUACGUUCUUUCUGAUUUUUUCAUGCCUUUGGAAAAUGCUUACUCCACUGCAUCUUAUACGGUUAUUAACUGUAGUUCAGCUGAAAGACAUAAUUUUCUUUCUUCUUCUUUUCGUCUGUAAAUUUGCAUCCAAACAGACGGCUAGAGUUAGCCGCUGUAAAUUUCGGCCAUUAUGUGGCGCUCAUUUGCAGUUGGUGGAAUAAUUUGAUUACGUCUCAGGUUUAGAAAUGUGCAGUCUAUGGAAAAUUAUAAAUGAUUGAAUUUGGUGAAAAUAAGCAGAUUUUGGUAAUAAAUAUCAAGAAUUUUUUUUUUUGGGUGCAUAUAGUAGCAUUGGUGAUUAGCAUUUAGCAAUGACUUAAUUUACCAUAAAUGUGCUGAUUCUGAUUAAUACAUUUACAUAGAAUGAAAUAUUGGCAUAAGUUGGAAAUUAGAAAUGGUUUGAUCCGCUAUAAGUAGAUGUUUACUGUAUGUGCAUGUAACAGGUACAUAUUAUUUGCAUUUGUUCGGAACCAGAUAGGAUUUAGCUGAGCAGAAUGUGAGAACAAAAAGACUGAAAAAUUAUACUAAUUAUUAUGACUAAUAUAGAGUGGGAUUAGAUUCAUGCAUAGAAUCUGCACCUUUUUCUUAUAAGAUCCCUCCCAUUAUUUUGGUCUUACAUCUUCCACGUGCAGGAUUGACAUGGUUAGGGCACAACAAGAGGUGAUAUGAAGAGUCAGUGUUUUAUUCAGUGCUUCUAUAGCGCAUGUUUCAUUCAGUCUGUUUAAAUUAAGAUGCAAAUUGAAUCUUUUGAGGCUGCCAUUUAUGAAAUGGGUUAUGGCUUGAGUAGAUUAGAGUUAGAUUCUGAACUUUGUGACGGUUCAAUGUACUCCUACGAAGUUAUUAGAAGUCCAAGAAACAAUAAGAAGUUGAAAUAUCUUGACCAUGAAGUAGCUCAGCUCACAAAACUUAAAUCAGGACCCCAUGAGCAUUUUACCCAAAUUGUACCUGGGAAGCGGGAGUUGCCUGUUUCCACAGUGAAGAUGCUAGCAGCUCGACAAGGGAAUUAUUCAGGUAGGGGCCGGUUCUCAGUGGCAGACUGUUGUCAUAUUUUAAGCAGAUAUUUGCCAGUCAGUGGUCCUUCGGUUGUGGACCGCAUGAAAAGUCGAGCUUAUGUUUCUCAAUUUUCUGCUGAUGGUUCUCUUUUUGUUGCUGGAUUUCAGGGAAGUCAUAUUAGAAUAUACAAUGUGGAUGGAGGGUGGAAAGUUCAGAAGAACAUUCUUGCCAAAAGCCUGCAAUGGACAAUUACAGACACCUCUUUAUCCCCAGAUCAACGCUAUCUUGUUUAUGCCAGCAUGUCACCUGUUGUCCACAUUGUUAAUGUUGGAUCUAGUACUACUGAAUCUUUUGCAAAUGUUACGGAGAUUCAUGAUGGUUUGGAUUUUACUUCUGAUGAAGAUGGGGGGUAUUCUUUUGGAAUCUUCUCUGUGAAAUUUUCUACGGAUGGACGAGAACUUGUAGCUGGGAGCAAUGAUGACUCGAUAUAUGUUUAUGAUCUUGAAGCAAAUAAGCUCUCCCUAAGAAUUUUGGCACACAUGUCUGAUGUUAACUCUGUAUGUUUUGCCGAUGAAAGUGGCCAUCUUAUUUAUUCUGGGAGUGAUGAUAAUCUUUGCAAGGUGUGGGACCGUCGCUGCUUCAUGGUGAAAGGAAAGCCAGCAGGGAUCAUGGUGGGGCACCUAGAAGGCAUUACAUUCAUUGACAGCCAUGGAGAUGGUCGUUAUUUCAUUUCAAAUGCUAAAGAUCAGACCAUUAAGCUUUGGGAUAUCAGAAGAAUGUCAUCAAAUGCUACUUGCCAUUCAGGUUCUAGGAGUUAUGAAUGGGAUUACCGAUGGAUGGACUACCCACUCGAGGCGAAAAAUUUGAAACACCCAUCUGAUCAGUCAGUGGCAACAUACAGAGGUCAUUCAGUCUUGCGUACUCUCAUCCGCUGUUACUUCUCGCCAGCAUCUAGUACUGGUCAAAAGUAUAUUUACACCGGAUCUAGUGAUUCUUGCGUUUACAUUUACGAUUUGGUGAGUGGAGCACAGGUCGCGAGACUCCAGCACCAUAAUUUGCCCGUAAGAGACUGCAGCUGGCACCCUACUUACCCAAUGCUUGUUAGCUCUUCUUGGGAUGGGGAUAUUAUCAAAUGGGAAUUUCCGGGGACUGGAGAAGUGCCACGCCCUGUGACCAAGAAGAAAAUCAAAAGAAGACAUUUUCUUUGAAGGCCAGUUAUGAUGUCUCUGUGUUCUUUACAGUGCAAUGUUGGUAUAUAUAUUAUGUUUGCAUUAAAGCCUAAACCACCUUUAAGUUAUUCAAAAUAACUCUUCUGUGUUUUUUUUUUGGUCAAAGUGCAGUUGUAUAUAAAUAAUCACUUUUGUGAAGUACGAUUCUGUGAUUGUGCUAGCUGGUGUAACAUUCCAUAGGAGUGAAAAUGUUCAUUCAA